UGCUAGACUACUAUUUCGUCAUUAACAAGACAAUAAUUAGUAGCUUAAUUGGCAUAUGGGUAAUUUAUAAUGAACAGUGUACAAACUCAUUUUUUGAGACCACACUUAAAAGACACGAAAUCAAAGUGAUGUGAUCAACACAACCAUACAUGUUUGAAGUUAUUGCCACUUGCUCUGCUUUUGUAAAGAGUAGUAUAAGUCACGGUCAAUGUCUUCCAGCAGAUGUAUUUAGAAGGGGCCACCUACUGGGGGCGCCUAACUCAUCCUAUUGUGGUCGUCAUAGAGGACAUUCACAUUCACAUUGAUUUAUUCUUAUGUCAACACACCUAUCCUAUUCUUUACUUUUGGAGGUGAGGCCAGUAGGUGAGGCCAAUCCAUAGGGCCACAAGCUCCGCCCAUUCGCUCCAGUAGGCCUAUACCUUAUCAUAGUGGAGUAAUUGUUUAUAAUUUGAUUUGUUUAAUUUGUUUUAUAUAUAUUUUUUAUAUAAAUCGGUUUCAAAAAAAGAUUUCAAAAAAAUGCAUUUCAAAAAGUGGUAUGAUGGAACCAAUUUGUCUUCGUAAAUACCUCUCCCAAAAUGAUUACAAAUAAAUAAAUAAUAGUCCCGGAUGAUUUUCCACAUUAAUAGUAUAGGGGCGAAAAUAAUAGCUCAUUAAGUUGAUUAUGGUUCGGUAGAUAUGCCAGUGCCCACCCACUGCACCUACAAAAAACCAACGCGAGAUAAGCCUAUUUUAUUACAGGAGACGGUUAGAGUAGACAUAUCAGUAUCAUAUCCUAAAUCAUCAAUGAAAUCCCAAACUAUAGAACUUAUGAGGUUUUUUAUUCAGCGUAACUUAGCCCAACACAUUUUGUUGAAGUGUAGCCUGCUUUGUUUCCACAAUGGUGAGUAGCCUAGUAAUGGUUCCCCUACAAUUGACCUUGUCAACUGUGUAAUGAAAACGAUGUUGACAACAAUACCGGUAUAUAUGUAAGUCGUAGACGUAGUCAAGUUGAGUCAAGCACAAAUCUAACAAAACCUUUUAACAAAGGAACCACAUUUUUGCGGGGUUAAUCAAUGGAGGAACUGGGAAUAAUUUGAAACCGUUUGACUGACUUUCCCGAUUCAAUAUAGUUCAGCAAACUGAACUUUGAAUGGAAAACUUCAUUAACGUAAAAAAAAUACUUUCGUAUGUUUGUGCUGAGCAGAAAUUGGUAAAAGCAUCAGCAUCCAGUUGUUAAAUAUCACAGCGAGCCCAUCAUCAUUGGGUCCAACGAUGACAAUGAUCCCACGAGUGUGUGUAUGGGUGUGUGUUUGCGUACGUGUGUGUGCGUGAGCACAUUUGCAGUAAGACCUAUAGAUGGUGAAUGGUUUAGGAAUGCUGUUCACCCCUCAGCCUUAUGGUGGGUGAUUGAAAAUGCUCCAGCAUGCAUUUGGUAGCUGUUUGCUCCAUGGGUCAUCAACUGCAAAGAGUCUAUCUAAGACGAGCAUUGGUUGAGACCUUUUUGCUGCAUAUAAGCUCCAGCACUGGUUAACUUAUAACCAACUGCUCUUAGGGAAUUGUUUACAUGUCUGUGUUUUUCCUGAAAUGGCAACACAAUGGCAACUGAACUGUAACCCUGAAACAAGUCAAUGUUGGAUAAUUAAACGGAACAUGUCUCUUCAAACUUCUUAAUAAUAACAAAAUUAUCUUUAAUAAACAAGCAAAUGAUAUUUACAAUGAUGCUAUAGCAUUUGCCUGAAUGACCUUAGCAGGUCCAAAAUAUUAGCAUACAAGGAUCAUGCAAUGAUCUUCAAGCAGAUUUACAAAACCAAAACCUUUGUAGUGAAAGAGCUCAGGCCAGAUGUUGCCAGGAAAUAACAUAAACCUACUGAGGUCCAAAGUAAAGUGUUUUCAUAGCCAAUGUUUUCAUAGCCAUCAUUGGAUUUGUGAGUUUGACAGUAAGCAUGAUUAUAGUGCUAAUCGCUUUAUUACGGAGAUAUGUUCCAAGGUCAGAUAACAAAAGCACCCGGCCGCUUUCAGGGAAAAAAUGACAGUGUCAGUCCCACGGUUCCUUCACAGAAGCAGAAGAACAUAAAUGUAUGGCCAGGCUGCCCCUCCCUGCAUAUAGGCUUUGCAGGGAAGAUUCCAGUUCUCCUUCAGUAAAGCAUUCUUGAGGGGUACUUUGAAGGCUGGGGAGAGAGCUGAAGGUAAUAGUUAUGCGGUGGCAGCGCUCUAGACUCUAGUGAUGAUUUGCUUCUGCAUUUUCUGACUUCCCUGUUCCCGAAACCUUCGGAAGAUAACAAGUCCCAGAAGAUUAGAUAAAAUAGAACACAGAGUGAAAUUACAGUGGUAUGGGUGAGGGUGAGGGUAUAGCGAAUAUUAUUAUGAUAUUAUGCAUAAUGGUCAAAAUUCCAAAAAGAUAAAAUGUUAGUCAUCAAUGGUGGAAGGCAUUUAUCUAUUAUGAUGGCAAAAGUGUACCUCUCUAUUAUUGUUUGCAAAAGUGAUUUGAAUGCAACAGAUGAUCAUCCUAUGCUGUUUAAUUAAUUGCAUUUGCUGACUUGCUUACAAUAGUUCUACAAAAUAAUAUGAAUGUAAAGGGUGAAUACUUUUGGAGAGUGCUGUUUUGUUUUCAAUGCAUCAUUCCAGAAUGAUGCAUUUGCCUAUUCUAUGAGUUAAUUGCAUGCAUAAUUCUUUCCCAGAGACACUGGCCCAAUAUGACAAUAAACAAGGCAGCCUGAAUGCUUGCCUGGUCUAAAAGAGCGAGGCCUAAUCCUAGGAAAAGCGGGGGGCAAACAACCCAUUACCAUAGCAACAAGUCCAGCCUUCAACUCUCAGCCCAGGGAACGAGGGAGCGAGUUUGUUUUAAAGUCAUGACUCGCAGUUUAUUGAGAAAGGCAGGUAUCCGGAAAACGGUUUUCCAAAACAAAGAACAACUGGAUUCUGCGCCCCAGGGAAUUACAUUGUGAAAACAGUCAUGGAUGUGAGCGCAAAUUACGAGAUGAAUGGUGGGUUCGAGGGUAACCAUGACAGCCAACAAGAGUUCCAAGGCUGGUGCUCGGGUCGGAGGGGGUAAAGCUACACACAACAUACCUGACAGGUGCCAGUCGACCUCCCCUCCACCCAUCCUGUGUGGCGGCCAGGCGCGGGGCCAGCCGGCGGUGCUCAGCGACUCGGAGAUCUCCGAGAGGCAGGCGGGCUACGCGAGGACGGACGGGCGCCUCCUGGGCCACGCCGCCUGGAGCAGCAAGACCGCCCGCCUGUGCAGCGGCGGUGCUCUCGCCGCCGCCCGCUUCGACUCCCAAAGCCGACUCACCAAGUCCAAGAGCAUCGGUUGCCUGGACAACCGGCUCUCCAUCUACAAGCCGAGCACGUCCCCGUCCCGGUCGGGUCAAGAGGAGGAGGAGGAGGAGGAGGAGGCGGUAGAAGAAGAAGAGGAAGAGAAGGAGCCCCCGAGCCGGGGCGUCCACGUCCAGAAGCAGCCCCAGAGAUCGCGGGAGCUCCCGGGGGGAGGUGAGAGACUGAACGGCGGGUCCCUGAGCUGGAGCACCCAGUCGCUCGGGCCCUCCUCCCACCAAGGCCACAAGCGCACCUUGUCCCUCGCCCGGCCAGUACCGGGCGCUCCCCCGGCCACCAUCCGAAAGAAGAUCUCAGAAUGGGAGUGCAGGAGGGUGUCUCUGCCUAGGAUGAGCUUGUGUCUGGACAAGAGGUCAGGGGUCGAGCGUGUGGGGGGCAGCGAGGGCUGUCCCAGCAUGCUCUCCUCCCCCUGCAGCGAGCAGACGUUCGACUUCAAGGGGGUGCGCCGGAUGAGCACGGCCUUCUCGGACUGCUCCUUCGCAGAGGAAGAGGAGGGAGUGCCGGACAAAGAGCUCCCGGGACGUUUCCAGAAGAGGACGGGCAAGGCCGAGAGCUCCGCCGCGUUCCUGCGCGCCCUGUCCGCGCGCAAGGAGAAGUCGGCGGUCCUCAACAGGAUCCAGAAGAUAGAGCAGGCUCUGAAGGAGAGCCCCGGCCCGGCGCCGCCCGCGUACCUCAACAACUGCUACGCCCCGGACAAGACCAGGCACAAGGCCUCCUCCGGCGGCGCGGGGGGCGCCGGGGACUCGGACAGCGCGUGCGGCGGGAGCAAGCGGGUCAGCGUCUGCUCCGUGGGCACCGAGCCGGACAGCUCGGCGCCGUCGCCGCCCGACCGCUUCUCCAAGGCCCGACAGAGGUACAGCGUGGUCUCGGCCCGGUCUCAGAGCCCGGAGCCGGCCGGCCAGCCGCCGACGGGCGCGCCCGGGACCCCCGUCAACCCGGUGCCCAAGCCCAAACGCACUUUUGAGUACGACGCCAAGCGAGGCCAGAAGAGCGCGGCCUCCUCGCCGUCCAAUGGACUACUACCUCCGGGGAGAGGCGGGGACUCCCCCCCGCCGCCCUUGCCCUCCACCCCAGCCCCCUGCGCCGCACGGGGUCUCAAGGCUGAGGGGAGCCCCCCGAGGAGACCCCAGGACAGGGAGUUGCGUGAGUCGGAGGAUGCUGCCAGCCUGCCCUCCUCGUUCCCAGCCUUACCCACAGAGAAUGGCACUGUCACCACAGAGACGCGCAGUCGCCCAUGUUCCAAAAGCACUUUAGAGGAGAAUGCCUAUGAGGAUAUCGUAGAAAAGGAGAACCCAUACGAGGACGUGGACCUGAAGCGCAAGAGUCUGGUUCGGAAGUCGUGUCUGUUUCCAGAGAGCGACCGAUCCUGGAGCUCCAUGGAGAGAAAGCUGAACUCUCCACCUCAGUUGCCAUUAAAACCCAGCAGCCAGUCUCUGCGUCUCUCCGGUCCCGGUGACAGGAAGAGCCACCGGUCGACCCAGCUGUCCAAGCGCCACAGCCACGAUGAGAUGCUGCUCCUGCCCCAGCUGGGGGUGUCUCCUUCGGCCAGUGUCCUGCUGGAGGAUGGCUACUCCAACGCCAGCGACUCCCUGGUCUCCCAUCGCCACCUGAGGAUCCCCAAGCUUGUACAGAGAAUCAACUCCAUUUACUGCACUAAACGGGGGAAGAAGCGUCUGAAAAAGCUGUCCAUGUCCAAUAUGGAGACUGCAUCUCUGCGAGAUGACAACAGUGAGAGCGAGAGUGACUCGGAUGACAGGUUCAAAGCCCACACCCAGAGACUGCUGAAACUGCAGUCCAUCCUUCGCCGGGCACCUAGCUACCGCACUUUGGAGCUGCAGCUCAUCGAGUGGCAGGAGAGGGAGCUUUUUGAGUACUUUGUGGUGGUUUCACUGAAGAAGAAGCCCACCAAGAACUCAUUCUCCCCAGAAGUAACCUAUCAGUUCCCCAAGCAGCUAGAGAGGGCCACCAAGCAGAUGAGGGAGGCGGAGCAGAGGCUAAAAGCCAUCCCCCAGUUCUGCUUCCCAGACGCCAGGGACUGGAGCCCCGUGUCUGACUACAGCAGCGAGACCUUCUCCUUCAUGCUGACCGGAGCGGAUGGCAGCCGGAGGUUCGGCUACUGCAGGCGCCUACUGCCAAGUGGGAAAGGACCUCGCCUCCCAGAAGUCUACUGCGUCAUCAGCCGGCUCGGCUGUUUUGACUUGUUCUCCAAGAUCCUGGACGAGGUGGAGAGACGGAGGGGGGUCUCAGCAGCCCUGGUCUACCCCUUCAUGAGGAGCCUCAUGGAGUCACCCUUCCCAGCUCCAGGAAAGACCAUCAGAGUGAAAACCUUCCUGCCAGGAGCAGGGAAUGAGGUCAUUGAGCUCAGGAGGCCUAUGGACUCCAGACUGGAACAUGUGGACUUUGACAGUCUGUUCAGCUGCCUCAGCGUACGACAAGUCAUACGAGUAUUUGCCUCUCUGUUGCUGGAGCGCAGGGUCAUCUUUGUGGCGGACAAACUCAGCACUCUGUCCAGCUGCAUCCAUGCGGUGGUGGCCUUGCUCUACCCCUUCUCCUGGCAGCACACCUUCAUCCCCGUGCUGCCGGCGUCCAUGCUCGACAUCGUCUGCUGCCCCACCCCCUUCCUGGUGGGCUUGCUAUCCAGCUCGCUGCCCAGACUCAAAGAUCUGCCCGUGGAAGAGGCUUUGAUGGUUGACCUGGGAACAGACCGCUUCAUCCGUCAGAUGGAUGACGAGGCCUCCCUGUUGCCACGGAAACUACAGUCAGCCCUCGAGCAAGCCCUCGAGCAGAGAAACGACAUCAUCAACCUCGACUCUGACAGUGAUUCAGACGAAGAGGUGAACUCCCUGAACAGCCUGGUGUCGGAGGCCUUCAUCCGCUUCUUCCUUGAGGCCAUGGGCCACUACUCUCUCUUCCUGACGCAGGGCGAACGCGGAGGGGAGCGCGUCUUCCAGCGCGAGGCCUUCCGCAAGUCAGUGGCCUCCAAGAGCAUCCGCCGCUUCCUGGGCGUCUUCAUGGAGUCCCAGAUGUUUGCGGGCUUCAUUCAGGACCGCGAGCGGAGGAAAUGCCGGGCGAAAGGGCUAUUUGAACAACGGGUGGACCAAUACCUGGAAGAGCUGCCUGAUACUGAACAGAGUGGAGUCAACAAGUUCCUCAAAGGCCUGGGAAAUAAAAUGAAGUUUCUUCACAAAAAGAACUGAGGAGUCGUCGUUCUACUGUAAACUAUUCACUCAGAUAGGUUUCCCAUUUGAAAACCUUGUAUCAUGAUAAUAUUUUCUAUCUUGUGCAGCAUAUUCGUGAAUAAUAGUCUUUUAUACUGUAUAUAUAUAUCAUUGUAAACUGCCAGUGCUUAUUUCCAAUGUGGAUGUAUUUUGGAGUGUAUGGUACCUAAUAAGAGGAGCAAACUUUAGUUGGUACAGAGCAAGUGAACAUUGAUGAUGUAACCACUGAUGUCCAGGUAUGCUUGUUUGAGUGUUGUGGAAACUCCCAGAGGCUAAAGUCAUUGUUGUUGUCCAAUGUUUAAAGUUGGAAAAUAAACCCUAUUUGUCUCUAAUGAUUUGUACAGGCAUUAACGGAAGGAAGAAAAUGGUUGUAAAUGUUUAAAUGUUUGGUCUUUUCUACAAAAGAAGUAAACACAUGAAAUACUUA